GCCGCGGGGAGCGUGCUGCGCUGGGGCCGAGCGGGGUAGGGAGGCCGGUCCCGCGGGCGGGGGCGGGGCCGGCUCCGCGGCUUCUCCCGCCGCCGCCGCCAAGGGGAGUUUCCAGGAAGUGGCCAUAUUGGAUCCAUUCAGCCGCAGCCGCCGGGGCGGAGCGCGUCCCGCAGCCGGCUCAUCCCCACCGCGGCUCCGGCGAUCCCCGCAACCCGCCCGCCCGGUGCGCAGCUCGCCAUGGCGGCCACCGACCUGGAACACGUCUCGAAUGCAGAGCCUGAGCCCCGGAACCUGUCCCUGGGUGGCCAUGUGGGGUUCGACAGCCUCCCUGACCAGCUGGUCAGCAAGUCAGUCACUCAGGGCUUCAGCUUCAACAUUCUCUGUGUGGGGGAAACUGGGAUUGGCAAGUCUACGCUAAUGAACACGCUCUUCAACACGACCUUUGAGACUGAAGAAGCUAGUCACCAUGAGGAGUGUGUACGCCUGCGGCCUCAGACAUAUGACCUCCAAGAGAGUAAUGUUCAUCUCAAACUGACCAUCGUGGAUGCUGUGGGCUUUGGGGAUCAGAUCAAUAAGGAUGACAGUUACAGGCCCAUAGUUGAUUACAUCGACGCGCAGUUUGAAAGCUAUCUACAGGAGGAGCUGAAGAUCCGCCGAUCCCUCUUUGACUACCACGACACGAGGAUCCACGUUUGCCUCUACUUUAUCACACCCACUGGGCACUCCCUGAAGUCCCUGGAUCUGGUGACCAUGAAGAAACUAGAUAGCAAGGUGAACAUCAUUCCCAUCAUUGCCAAGGCUGACACCAUCUCCAAGAGUGAGCUCCACAAGUUCAAGAUCAAGAUCAUGGGUGAGCUGGUCAGCAAUGGAGUCCAGAUCUACCAGUUCCCCACUGACGACGAGGCUGUCGCCGAGAUUAAUGCAGUCAUGAACGCACACCUGCCUUUUGCCGUGGUGGGCAGCACAGAGGAGGUGAAGGUGGGGAACAAGCUGGUUCGAGCACGGCAGUACCCCUGGGGUGUGGUGCAGGUGGAGAAUGAGAAUCACUGUGACUUCGUGAAGCUGCGGGAGAUGCUGAUCCGGGUGAACAUGGAGGACCUGCGCGAGCAGACCCACAGUCGGCACUACGAGCUCUAUCGGCGCUGCAAGUUGGAGGAGAUGGGCUUCCAGGACAGUGAUGGCGACAGCCAGCCCUUCAGCCUCCAAGAGACCUACGAGGCAAAGAGAAAGGAGUUCCUGAGCGAGCUGCAGAGGAAGGAGGAAGAGAUGAGACAGAUGUUUGUCAACAAAGUGAAGGAGACAGAGCUUGAGUUGAAGGAGAAGGAACGGGAGCUCCAUGAGAAGUUUGAGCACCUGAAGCGAAUCCACCAGGAGGAGAAGCGCAAGGUGGAGGAGAAGCGCAGGGAGCUGGAGGAGGAGACCAACGCCUUCAACUGCAGGAAGGCGGCCAUGGAGGCCCUGCAGUCACAGGCCUUGCAUGCCACUUCACAGCAGCCUCUGAGGAAAGACAAGGACAAGAAGAAUUAAAGCACGCACAGAUUUACAUGUCAAGAGCGGACUUUAGGCUUUCAUGUGUUAAACCGCUUGAGUUACACCUUGUGACCCUUCUCCCAUAACAUGGUGUGAGGAUGGACUGGGAGCCGGUACAGACUCCAGUGUUUACAGCCUUGCCUUGUCCCCACCUGCUGGCCUCGGGCUGCCUGGGCCUGGCCAGCUACCCUUCUCUAUGCAAAUGCGUCAAAGCCAUGAAUGCUGGAAUCCCAAACUGACAAAGUUUAUUUUUUCCAGAGCCGGUGGCUGGUCUUCCAUUUACAGUGUCACUAUUCCUUGACGGAGCAGUUUUGUGCCGCUCUGGUGAUGGCCCUGUGAUGCUAGGCCUAAUUGUUCAUCGUCAAGCCGGCGACUCAUGUGGUGCCUGCCCUAGGCAUGGCCUGCGGUCUGGUAGAUACAUGCUGCAGAAUUCGCCUGGUUCCUCUUUAAUUUUUCUAACCUAGAGCUUAAUUUCAAUAACUUUUUCAACAAUUCUAAAUUUUCAUUUUGGCACCAGUAUAAAAAGAAGUAAUAUCUAUCUCUCCCAUUAUUUUCAUAAGUAACACAGAUUCCCUGAUUUUUUUUUUUAAACUAAAAAGAUCUCUAAACCUUCUUACAUAGAAAGCACCCCCUAUAAUAUAUAGGGAGAGGUGGGAAAUAAAGUUCCUGUUCUUCCAGUGUCUGGGACUUCUUUAUGGACAGAAGUGGACCCUGAACGAGACCACGCCCGGCGUUUUUACUGUGAAUGUAAAUGGAACAGCAGCCCCAGACCUUUGUCUCUGCCCUAGAGGUGCUACCUGUGACAGGGACCACGUGCAUGUGUGUUCAGUGUUUGACUCCAAAACAGCCGCCUACUCCCAACCGUGUGCUCAAUGGGGAGAAGUCUGUCAAGGUCAUUGUUACUUCUUUCCUGGCUGAGUCACAGGAUAGGGAAAUAAAGGUGUCUGAAGUAUUUUGACAAUUUGAGAGAGAAGAAAGACAAAACGCUACAGAGUAAAACCAUCCCCUCCAGCUGUACCUCCCAGGUGCACACGUUUAAGAAAGUGUACCAGGUGUGAUGGUACAGUCCUGUAGUGGCAGCACUUGGAAGGUAGGAAACCAGAGGCCGGCCUACACAUCAGGUAGAGAGAGGCCUGCUUGGGCGAUUUGAGACCCUGUCUUAAAAACAAAAUGAAAAUGAGAUAAGUGCUAACAGCCAUUUUGCUCUGCUCCUGGUGGUUUGUAAACCUUGGGGUUGGGAAUGGGGGUGAAGAUUAAUGUCCUUCUUAGUGUUGGUACAGCACCAACCUAGGCUCUGGCCCCCCCACCCCAAAAAGAUACCUCUUAUUCUGAAGAGUUGGGCACCCAGUGGGCCCCUCACUGAGACCCAGAGGGGACCACACUGGUUUGCCCCCACCACCAUGUCCCCCUUUCUGCCAGGCCUGCUUCACCUCUCCCAGGACCAGUCUGGCUCCUUCUGAUAUGGUGGUUCAUUCAGAAUGAGCUGGAGGGGUGGUUGUGAGUUCUCUGAGCCACAACUCCCCAGAGGCCGAUGGUACCUGUGAGAAAAAAGAAGUACCUCACAGAAAGAGAAUAAGAUUUGUUGAUCUUCUAAGGAAAAAUCCCCCAUGACUAGGGUGGAUUCUGGCUGCAAGGCUGGACAUUUGAACUAUUUACAAAGACAGUUUUAAGACUAUAAAAUUAGGUUCUGGGCCCUGGAAGUUUCUUGAGCGUCACAGCUAGUCCACCUCUGGUCAUGGCGGAACUGAUGCUGGACUUCGGUAUCUGAGGCAGAGGUGAACUGCAGGCCAGUGGCUCCUCUUAGGGAAAUUGUAUAUGUAUUCACUUAGGUCAAAGGCUGACCUUUAGAGCAACCCCUUCUAGCUAAUAUAUUCCAGAGACUAGGAUAACCCAGUGGGUCCACUGGCUGUAUAAAAGACAGGAUUGCAGGCUCAUAGACUCUGAAGCCAGCAAAUUCUACCACCAUGCCCUGCAGCUCACCAAACAUGGGCAUAACAUGUAAGGCCGUUAUGCUCAGUGCCCACCUUUGGCCUAAAGCUUGAUAGCAAUCCCUGGGGAAACCUGACGAGCAUUUUCUAGGGUCUAAGUCGCCCCUCCCCCGCCCCCAAUGGAUCCCGUCAGCCAUGACAAACUCUUCCCCUGUGUGGAAUUUUGUUAUCUUUAUUUAGCUGAGAUUAAAUUAAUCUUUGUCGUGCAAGAAAAACAUGAAGCUUGCCCCUUGAGGGAUGUGACCCCAUGUACAGCUGGGAUUUACGCCUGUUUUUCCCGUCAUCUGUUGGCUUCAGGAGGACUGCCAUAGGAUCCCACUGACAUUUACUGUUAUGUCUUCAGUCAUUUUGUUUUGUGGUAGAAUCACCGUGUAAGUUAUGGUCUAAACCUGUACUUUCGAGACAGGGAAGAUGCUGUUGAUAAUCCUGUCAGCUCCUUAGGCACUUAGGAGGCUGAGGCAGGAGAAUCAAAAAUUCAAGGCCAUAGUGAACCACUUAGCAAGACCAUGUGUAUGUAUGUGUAUAUAUAUAUAUAUAUACAUAUAUAUAUAUAUAUAUACACAUACAUACAUGUAUACACACACACACACACAUAUAUAUAUAUAUGUAUGUAUGUGUAUAUAUAUGCUGAAUAUGACUCAUAGCUAGAGAAUGUAUCUAGCAGAUUGGGGACCAAGUUCUCUCCCUAGCACUAAGAAAAGAAAACCAAGUCAACAGCCAUCAAGCAGACCUAUCCCAGGCCAACCAGGAUGUGUGUUCUCCCUUAUGCUGGGUGGCAUGAAUUCUGGCAUCCUGUGACUAUGCAGCCUGACCCCGCAUAUGUUCCUGUGUCUUUGUGUGGACUCCCCUUGUUUGGGGCUCAUACUGGGUAAGAGGCCCAGGACAGCCAGCUUGCUUGUCUGUUACGUUACCAUGCAUUUCUAAAACCACUCCAGCUUUUAAUCCGUUUACUACUCCAUCCGUGGACUUGUUUCUGUUCCUUUCCAUCCACUUUGUACUCAUUUGUUUUCAUUAAAUUUUGCAUUUAUUUUGA